AUGGCGUGGAUGGCAGCUGUGAUGAGUGCCUGGUUAAUGCCCUUCACACAGGUCGCUGGACUUAUUCCGGGCCCAUGGUCGGAUCCAGCUCUGGCCGCGCAUGAACGAGCUCACCUGCUGGUGGCCAACAUGACUCUGACCGAAAAGUUGCAAAUGCUGCACGGGUCGGAAGAUGGACGAACCGAAUGCAUGGAUAGUCCUCGAUGUGCCUAUGUCGGCAAUAUUGCUCCAGUGGAACGCUUGGGGAUGCCGCCCGUGAACAUGAACGAUGGGCCACAAGGAUUCCGCUCGCCAACCAGCCUGGCCGGGACUUCCACAGCCUGGCCGUCUGGCCUGACCAUCGCCGCGUCCUGGGACGAAGAAGCUGCCUUUGAGUGGGGUCAAGGCAUGGGCAAGGAGUUCUACGACAAGGGCUCGAAUCUCCAGCUCGGGCCUGGACUGAACGUGGCUCGGGUGCCCCUGAAUGGCCGGAAUUUCGAGUACCUGUCUGGUGAAGAUCCAUACCUGGGGUACAGGCUUGUGCAGCCUGUGGUAAAGGGGAUACAGUCCCAGAAGGUCGUGGCCAAUGCCAAGCACUUCAUUCAGAACAACCAGGAAACAAAUCGUGCUGGUGUCAGCGAAGAGGUGGAUGAGAGAACUCGAUUUGAGAUCUAUUAUCCCCCGUUCGAGGGAGCUGUCGAAGCGGGUGUUGGCUCCAUGAUGUGCAGCUACAACAAGGUCAACGGGUACUGGAGUUGCGAGAACCCGAGCACGUUGCAGAGCGAUCUCAAACAGGCCAUCAACUUUGAAGGCUAUGUGAUGUCUGACUGGGGUGCGACGCAUUCAAUGUCGAUCGCAGCUGGACUUGAUGUGGAGCAGCCAGGUGCCGCAUGGAUGAACGCGGACUUGCUCAGACAAGCACUGGAUGCCGGAGUUGUGAAGGAAACUCAAGUGGAUGAGUCUGUACGCCGGAUCCUACAGGCCAUGUUUCAGGUGGGUGUAAUGGACGAACCUUUGAGCGCCUGGGACUGGAGCAAGCGCUUGCGAAAUGUUACAACAAGCGCCUCUGUGGCAUCUGCUCGACGGCUUUCAGCCAAGGGCACGGUUCUUUUGAGAAAUGAAGGCGGCCUGUUGCCCCUGGCUCCUGGCAAGCGAGUUGCUGUGAUCGGUUUGGCAGAUGCGAAUGCCAUCUACCACGGUGGCGGCUCUGGCAGCGUCGAACCUUCCUUUGUCUCCACUCCACUCCAAGGCAUUCGCGAUGCCGUGGGAGAUUCUGGAACCAUAGUUUACAACGACGGCAGGGAUGUCGUGGCAGCAGCAGAUCUUGCAAAGAAGAGUGACUAUGCCAUCGUUUUCGUGGGCACGCGGUCUCGUGAAGACUUUGAUCGAAGCUCUCUGUCUUUGGAUGUUGGCACCGAUUGGACCGGACAGAACGAGGCUGUCAGCCGCAUUGCAGUGUAUGCCGGCCAGAAAACCGUCGUCGUUGUGACCACACCGGGGGCCGUGCUCUUGCCAUGGUCCCGACAGGUUGCUGCAGUCGUGACGAACUUCAUGCCAGGGCAACAGGCCGGCAACGCGAUUGCCGACGUCUUGUUUGGGAAGGUCAACCCUUCUGGCAAGCUGCCUAUGACAUUUCCGAACAGCGAGAACGAGAUCCAAUUCUCUGCCGCGCAAUAUCCUGGUGUUCCCGACCCGAAAGCUCCAGCCUAUGCUUUUUACACAGAAAAGCUACAAGUUGGAUAUCGAUUCUAUGAAGCGAAACACCUGCAAUUCAAGACAGGAUUUCCGUUUGGCCAUGGACUCUCGUAUACCAACUUCACGUACGGUUCCUUGAAUCUUCAAGAUGACUCUGGUGGAGGUAAGAUCGUGACUUUCACCAUCGAAAACACGGGGGCGCGCCCGGGUGCAGAGGUUGCACAGCUUUAUCUUGAUUUCCCGGCUUCUGCUGGCGAGCCUUUUCAACUAAAAGGUUUUGCAAAGACGAAGCUGUUGGAAGCAGGUGAAGCCUGUACCCUGCAACUGCAUCUGCGGCCACGAGAUCUAUCCAUCUGGGAUGUGGCAUCCCGUUCUUGGAGCCAGGUUGGAGGCGUUUUCGGAGUCAGCGUCGGAUCUUCCUCGCGUGACCUUCGCCUUCGCACAGAGUUCUCAACAACGAUUCUGGUAUAG